CACAAAAAACCCCAAGUACCCAACAAACGGCCCAAACCACUCCCAUCCCAAAAUCCCAAUAAGCCGAAUGACUGAAUACAAUUCAACUCGUGGUUUUCUUGUUUCCGAUUUUGCAAAUUCCAAAAUCAAUUAGGCGAAGGUUAGAGUUUGUCCGUUUCUCCUUCUUGGCCGACUGCGACCGGCCGUCUUGCCCAAGCAACUGAGAGCGCUGCAAGUCUUCAAUUUUGCAAAGCUGUCUCUGAAUUGUGAUUUGUGAAUUGUGAAGAAGGAAGCUCAAACGGCGGUCGGUGAUUAGAAGACUAGAAGUCUAGAACACCUUCUUCCAACUUUCAAGGUUUCAAACAAUCUAUAAGUGGGGAUUUGACGCCAUCUGCAAUAAAAACUAUUCUCCCCUAAAUGGGAUGCCAAACGGCUUUUAUUGUCUACAACUACUACUCUGCAGCAACAACAAUAUUAACUAGAAGGCAAAUGUCAUCAAGCAGCGCUUGCCGUAAUCUGUUCAUUGGAGGCCUUUCAUACGAUACAAAUGAAACUAUUUUGAAUGAAGCUUUUAAGAAGCAUGGUGAAUUGAUUGAAGUGAAGGUAAUAUGUGACCAUAGAAGUGGCAAGUCGAAGGGCUAUGGGUUUGUGAAAUUUGAGUCAGAAACUGCAGCAAAUGAGGCAUUGAAGGAAAUGAAUGGCCAGUUUUUGGAUGGGAGAAACAUACGAGUCCACUGUGCCCAUAAAGGAUGACUUCAAGAUGCCACCCUAAAGGCUAAAGGAAUUAUCAUAUGUAUUUUUUGGGGCAUACAUUAAUUUUGUAAAUUCUUUUUGUUUCUUCAUGUGAAAUCAAUUUAAAAUUGAAAGCAUGAGGAAUAGUCCCAAAUGCCUCCAAAUACUACUUUUCAAUCUGGAACCUAAUACCGUCAGAGAAGUAGCGACUUGUGUUGGGGGUGCCUUGGCAAUAACAAGAGUGGCUUUUUACCAAAAAAAAAUAACAAGAGUGGCUUCAUCGACGACAUAUGCAGCCAAGGCUAAAGGAUUGUGGGCAGGGGGUUUGCAGAGAUCAGAGUUCGAAGGAGAUUUUGUGCGAAAGAUUGCGUAAGUUUGGAAGUGAAUUCAUUGCCGGAAGUUGUGGUAAAGACACACUGUCGCAGUGCAUAAUUUGAAGGUAAAGAUGACACGGGCAGGGAUAUUGGAUGGCGUAACGCUUGUGGUGGAGUUGAAUUAACGAUAUCCGUUUGGGAUAAGAAUGGUAGAGGAACCAAUGACUUUAGGUUACAGCACAACAUCAUAUGAGCAUAUUGUUAGACUUACUUUCAUUUGCUCUUGUAAUAUUUUAGAUGUGUUUUCUUCCUCCCUAUUCAAUCUAAACUAUGAAUCAAUACAAGAAUUUCUCUUAUUCAUCAAUUUACAAC